GACAUUGGUAUCCAGCACCAACGGUCAGCAUGAUUAACCAUGGCCAUAGGUGUUCGUGCUCCUGAUGCUGGAGAUGCUUCUCUUCAUGCUCCUGAUUCUGCCGCUACCCUUUACUGUCAAGAGGAAGCUGUUUACGUACGGUUCCCUUGGAGACUUGAUCUCAAUUCCCGGAGUCGAUGUGCGAGCUAACAGUUUCUCUUAUCUGCAGGUUCAUCUCCGAAAGCCCUGUUAUAGCCAAGAUUCAGUAUUGGAUGAAGAUCACAUUCGUCUUCAUUCUUAUCCUUUUCAUCGACAGCGUUAACCGCGUAUGGAGGGUUCAGGUCGAAUUGGCCAUGGCCACUGAGAAGCAGAACAAUGCUGCUGUCAUGGGCCACGAGCGACUUGAGGUCCAGGCCCGCAAGUUCUACUCCCAGCGCAACAUGUACCUGUGCGGUUUCACGCUCUUCCUCUCCUUGAUCCUCAACCGGACCUAUGUCAUGAUUCUGGAGGUGAUGCGUCUCGAGGACCGCGUCAAGGCCUACGAGGGCACCCGCAAGGACGCUAAGGAGUCGGAGAAGCUUGCCAUGAGCGGUAAGCCGGGCGAGAUUGCCCGGCUCCGCGCCGAAGUCGAGCACAAGGACCAGGAUCUCAAGAACCUGAAGAAGCAGAGCGAACAACUUCACAAAGCCUGGGAUGAACUCAGCGAGAAAUACUCGAAGGCUACCGGACUGCCUGCCGGAGACAAGAAGGCCGAUUAAAUACCGGCCUGGGCUCCUGAGGUCCCUCUGCAUGGCCCCUCCGCGCCUCGGGGACGAACAUUGUCGUCCACUAGUGUCCUUGCCAGAAUCCAAGCCGGGUCGGGAACGAAGGUCUUGAGCCUCUGGGGGUGGAUUCAUCCCAGGAGAUCGGAGGCGGCAAUACCUCUUCCUGCAAGAGCGAGGCCGACGUUGAUGCCUUGCUUGUCAGGGUGCACAAUAUAUAUCCUGCGGGCAUGGCACGAACAGCGACCGGGCGAAUCAUACAGGGCCCAAGUGGGAAAAGUCAUUGUUGAGCGGGGAUUUGCCGAUUAAAAGUAUCUGGUGU